CACAGCAAGUAGAUACAAAAUAGCGGCCGCAGUCGUGAAGGCUCGCUGCUCACGGUGAGAUCGUGGUCCGUCGGGAUCGGUGAGCGAAGAAUUGUGUUGAUCGUGAUCGAUCGAUCGAUCGAUCGUUGCCGGUGGUGAACGCGGUAACAAGGAAAAGAAGAGAACGAAGAGAACACAUGAGCCACGCAUCGUUCAGGAUCAGAACACGACGGAGAAAGAGAGAGAGAGAGAGAAAAUCGUGAUCUCUCAUUUCUUAUCGAUCGACUCAUCGAUUACCUUCGAAGAUUCGCGGUAUCGACCGAUAAGUGCGUUACAACGAUUGAUCCAACGCGCGGGAAAUAAAAGGCCGCGAAAACUACCGGUGUGAUUCUGCGCAAUGAUGACUCCCCGUCCGCGUGCAAGUCGUUAGUAUUUCUAACGAAUUGGAUACACAAGCGUGAAGAAAGUAACAGGAAAAUUGGUUUGAGCUUGGGAAUUUAAGUGACACUGAGUGGACAAAUUUGGCCGUUGAUGUGGUACACGAUCAAAGUAAGGUUAAGCGGAUGUUUGUCAUUUGAUACUGGCGGUAGAAUAACUCCGAUUGUAAGAAGAGUGUGUUUGAAAGAAACGCAGUAGUGAUUUAGUGAGGAACGACGAGCCUCGUUGAGAGAAAUGCUGAUACGUUUUGCUGCUGGUUCUACGUAGCUGCGAUAACAUUGGAAGAGUAACAACGAACAGGGAGAGAUGGAGAAUCCUUGAGACGUUCAGGAAUACUCCUCUAGAACUCUGUUGCGUCUCGAGAGGACAAGAUAACGCCGAAAGGUGGUUUCGCCGUAGGCAGCCGCGAGAGAUGUGGUCGCGCACGCGAUUCUUGCUCCUGGCGUGGACGAUCGUGCUGUUGGCUGGUGCACGGCUCAGCAACGGAUCGCAGAGGCCGCGUCUCGGCGGCGCCGUCAACAUCUUCAGCCGUUACGGCUACCUCAGCAUUAGCAUGAGAGUGGUCCCCAGAAACGACACGGACACGUGGAUCUUCCGAGAGCCGACACUGGACGUUUUCAGGAAUCCGACACCGGUGGUCGUUAAACAACGGCAACAGGCGGCGGUGUUCGACGGAGACUUCCACAUGGAGUUCUGCGACAACGUCCGACAACUAUUGCAGGCCUAUUUCCGGGACUUCACGUUCGAACGGCUGGAGAGACCGUGGCGAGCUUUCAGCGGCAGCUGGUCCAAGGCGGCCAUUGCUCGCCACUUGGGCAUCAACUCGUCCUUCAUCACCGGUGAACAUUGUUACGUGCUGGUGCGUGUUGCCAGGUUCCGCGAGAAUCAGAAACUGGCCAGUGCCGCGGACUCGAUGAUUCUGGACGAGGCUGUGCUCCGGGAAACGGAGAACGUCACGAUUGGAGAUACGGCCAGCGUCGUUCGAUUCAUCAAACACUUUGGAUCGCACUACAUCGCUGCUUACGUCACUGGCAACUCUUUGUAUCAGGUGUUCGUGUACACGCAACAAGCAUACCUGCGCAUCAAAGAGCGGCUGAAGACCCGCGGCGUGGCAGAUUUGUCGAACAUUGAAUUGAGCAACUAUUUUUCACCGUGGUACGCGGAGCACAUGGGCUCGAUACAAGCAGCAAGCGGAAAUCGCACCGUCGAGGCUUGGGCGGUGGAACGGCUUCGAAACCAAUACUACAUUUUCUCGUACGCCAGCUUGCUGAAAUUACACGGUGACGGGAUGCUGCUGAAGCAACUGGACAGUUUAUUGGAGAACGAGGCGUUGUUACAGCUUCAGCUGAAGACGCUCGCGCCGAUCUUCAAAGAUCCUCAACGGCGCGAGUGGUUCCUCGAGGUGAUCGACAAUUACUUUAAGUUAUGGGAGGUGAACAUGUGAAGCGAAAACACGAGACAUGUCCCGAAGGGAGAACAUUGGUACACCUGCGUUUUUAUAUUUGCAUAAUAUUACGUACGUGGUACGAUCUGUAGGACCACGGUAUACGCGUACGUAUCUAAUUUAGACAAACGACGACCGAUGACUUCGACGUGAAACGACGUAUUCGUCGUUGUUAUUAGAACGGUUAUUAAUGCUCGAGAGUCGUUAGUCACGGUCCGCUGGAAGUUCACUAUUGUUUCUCCGUUAAACGGACGCUAGGAUUUAAUAGAGAAACGCCCAACUGCUAUUACAUUCUUAUUAAAUAAGUAUUUAUUAUUAUAA